GAGAGAGAGAGAGAGAGAGAGAGAGAGAGAGAGCUGAUUAGAUUGGAGAGAGCCAAGGAGGUACGGCUGUACUAUUGAGCAGAGGGAGUGCGUGACUGAGUGAACGCCGAAUCACAGUGAAGUCCACAGCCAGGCGGACGAACUGGACCUAAAUCAACAAAUGGAGACUGAAAAACUGGAUGGAUACUGCGUAUAAAGGAGGAAGUGUUUGUCUUAAUGUGUGUGUAUCUCUGCAUCAGAGCUGCGAGGAGCCCACGGGGAGGCGAGGGAAAAUAGCGGACAACUCAUUCGUCUCCCUUGGAAGCAGAGCUGUGAGCCGGAACAGAGUCAACCGUGGGACUCGCUGGGAUUUUGAAUAUAAUCUCACGCCGGUGUGUGUGUGUGUGUGUGUGUGUGAGUCAGUGUGUGUAAGCUGAUAAUAGCAGCUCCAUUGGUAUUCAGCGGAGGGAGCUCCAGGAUCUCGCUGCGCCUUUUCCCCGGGAUGGGAUCACAGAGCAGGGAUUGUGCUUGCCUGAGGAGAGCCCGCUGAAAUGGGCCCGAAGCCUGGGAGCGGUGGUCGCCGAAUGGCCAACACGUUCCCUUCAGCAGCCAGCUUUCCACACCUGACCAUCUCCAGCAUCUCCAGCCGUCCGCUGCAGCCAGCGCUGAGCCUGCAGAAUUGAGGUUGGGGUUUGCCUGGAGCCGACUGCAGGAAGCAGAGAUAAGCAGGCCUCGGAGGAGUCGACGUGCCACCAGCCACCAGUCAGUGCGUCGAGCAAUUAAGCUGCUUGAACUUCAUGUGAAAUGAAAUAUGAUGCGGUGAUGCUUGAGCAGCGGUACGGAGCUUUUGGACGUGUACGGAUUUAUUGGCCGGAUAUUUCAUUGAGAUUACGACACUUUUGGGGCGCACCUCAGUGCCGGGUCACUUUUUCCACAUAAGUUUGUGGGCAAAGGCGAGUAAUUGAAAAUCACCCCCCCCUGGGAGGCUAGUUUUUAUUUUUACUUUUUUUUUUUUUUCAAAGGAGCAGCUUCUGUACCUGAAAUUCCCUGUCCCUUCUCUCACAUUGCAGAGAAAUAUAUUAUGAAGCAGCACCAUUCUUCUUCAUCCUCCCUCAGUGACGGAGAGGGAAGAGGGACAGACUGUCCAGAAUAGAUAACGAAUAAGGAGACAGCCACAGAGCAAAGGAGGAGGAGGGUGGGGGAGCAGAAAACAGAAGGACAGGUGGAGAAAAUAACACGAAAGGAGACAGACAGAAGAGAGAGCGAGAAAAAAACCCCAGAAUUAACUAGGAUUGUCCAGCGUCCCUUUUUUUAGACCUCCUGUAAUUCGUCUGGGGUGUGUUGGAGGGUAGUUAACGCCAUGGGCAGGGGAGGGGUCAGGAUUUCAGCCAGAGGGGGGGCUUGAGUUCACUGUCUGGUCUGAAGCUGCUGUCUCUGCGUGUUGGUGUUUGAACUAAACCAUGGCCCGGUAAACAGACACCUGUAAGGACUGACAGAGAAGCUCUGAGACUGAGAGGAAGACAGCUACACAGCCGAAGUGUCAGGCAAAAAAAAAAAAAAAAGGCAGCAGACAUCCAGAGCUGGCAGAGCCGACGUUCUGCAUUUCAUUGUCAUUCCACUCACUGUUUUCAGAGGAGGUAAGAAGAAGCGAAGAGGAGCAUCCUCGUGUUUGUGGCUCCUUUAGGAUCCAUCUAAGUCAGUACCGUUGCACUGAAGAAAGCCCAACAUACAGCAAAGGGAGGGUUGUUACUAAAAAGGAAAUCCAGGUUGGAAAGAGAGAGAGGGUGGGAGGCAGACAGAAGCGGAGCGAGAGAGCAGGUGUCAGAAAUCCUCCCCUUCAUCUGCUUGUCAUUUACUCCUUUAUGCUCGCUCGUCGUUUGGCACAGGGAUUGAUUUUCUGACGCCGGCGUUACUCCUCCUAUAAGCCCUCUGCAGUCCCUGGGUGCAAGCGAGACAGAGGAGAGCAGAAUAAGACCACAACAACAACAACAACAACAACAACAACAACAACCACAAGAAAGGGAAAAGAUGGAGCCUUUCUCAUUGACUGAUUUUUCACCCCCUGCUUUUCCAGUUUGUCGAGAUGGCCUCUUGUUAUUUUUUCUCUGAGUAAAGCGAAAGAAGAAAAACACCCACCAAAUCAAUCCCUCAUUCUGUUUGUACUCAAGAACUGAAUCUCCCCUCUCAUCGACUGUUCCUCUACAUGGAUUACCUUUUCCUCUGAGUUUUAAACACUGGCUUGCUCCAGAUUUCCUCCACACAUCCUCCCCUCCAGUGACAAACUCCUCUAGCUCCCCCCGCCAGCCUCCGUCCCCCCGUCACCCGCCGGCUGAGGUGCAGGAACUCUGUGCCGUCGGAUCCUAGCGCCCUCGUUGACUCACCACUACAGCUAUAGUAUGGCACGGCCCCUCUGAAACUGUCUGAAUCAUUCUGUGUUGGUGCAGGCAGCCAGCAGACCGUUCUCCAUGAGGAGCAGUAGAAGAUGCCGGCUCUGCCAGCACUGCUGCUGUCAAUACGCUUCCUCUCCUUCCUGCUAGUCACGAUGCCACCACUCUCCCUCAGUCAGGCCCCUCUGCUCUCCUCUGUCCGCAUGGCUGCCAUUCUGGAUGACCAGUCUGUGUGUGGGCGCGGGGAGCGGCUGGCGCUGGCCCUGGCCAGGGAGAACAUCAACAGCGUGAUAGAGGGUUCAGUGCAAGCCCGAGUGGAGGUGGACAUAUACGAGCUGCAAAAAGACUCCCAGUAUGACACCACCGACACCAUGUGCCAGAUUCUACCCAAAGGCGUCGUCUCUGUGAUCGGUCCAGCCUCCAGCCCCGCCUCCGGCUCUACUGUCAGUCACAUAUGUGGGGAGAAAGAGAUCCCUCAUAUAAAAAUUGGUCCAGAGGAAACUCCCCGCCUGCCUUACCUGCGCUUUGCCUCGGUUACUCUGUACCCCAGCAACGAGGAUCUGAGCCUGGCCAUAGGCUCCAUCUUGCGCUCGUUCAGCUACCUGUCUGCCAGCUUGGUCUGCGCCAAGGCUGAAUGCCUGCUGAGGUUGGAGGAACUCGUCCGUCGCUUUCUCAUCUCGCGGGAGACGCUGUCCGUCAGGAUGCUGGACGACAACCUGGACCCCACGCCCCUCCUAAAGGAGAUCCGUGACGACAAAGUGGCCACCAUCAUCAUUGACGCCAACGCUUCGGUCUCUUAUCUCAUCCUCAAGAAGGCGUCAGAGCUGGGAAUGACAUCAGCAUUUUAUAAGUACAUCCUCACCACCAUGGAUUUUCCCCUCCUGAGACUGGAUGACAUUGUGGAUGAGCAGUCCAACAUCGUGGGUUUCUCCAUGUUCAACACCACACAUCCGUUCUAUUUGGAGUUCAUCAGGAGCCUGAACCUUUCAUGGAGGGAGGGCUGCGAUUUGACGUAUCCCGGCCCUGCGCUCUCUUCAGCGCUGAUGUUUGAUGCCGUUCAUGUGGUUGUGGGGGCCGUCAGGGAAUUGAACCGCAGUCAGGAAAUUGGAGUAAAGCCCCUGAGCUGCACCUCGCCUCAGAUCUGGCAACACGGGACCAGCCUCAUGAAUUAUCUUCGCAUGGUGGAGUACGAUGGCCUGACGGGGCGAGUGGAGUUCAACAGCAAAGGUCAGAGAACCAACUACACCCUGCGGAUCCUGGAGAAACACAGAGGAGGCCACAAAGAGAUUGGGAUCUGGUACUCCAACAACACUUUGGCAAUGAACUCCACCAGUUUGGAUAUUAAUGUCUCAGAGACGCUGGCGAACAAGACCUUGAUUGUCACCACCAUCCUGGAGAACCCGUAUGUGAUGCGCAAGGACAAUUACCAGGAUUUCGAGGGAAACGAGCAGUACGAGGGUUUCUGUGUUGACAUGCUGAGGGAGCUGGCAGGCAUCUUAAAAUUCUCCUUCAAGAUCAAGCUGGUGGAUGAUGGGCUGUAUGGGGCCCCGGAGCCCAACGGCUCUUGGACCGGCAUGGUUGGAGAGCUGAUCAACAGGAAAGCGGACCUGGCCGUGGCAGGCUUCACCAUCACAUCAGAGAGGGAGAAAGUUAUCGACUUCUCUAAGCCUUUCAUGACCCUGGGGAUCAGCAUCUUGUACCGAGUUCAAUUGGGUCGGAAGCCAGGCUACUUCUCCUUCCUGGAUCCUUUCUCUCCAGCUGUCUGGCUCUUCAUGUUACUCGCCUACCUGGCUGUCAGCUGCGUGCUCUUCCUGGCAGCAAGGUUGAGCCCCUACGAGUGGUACAACCCUCAACCGUGUCUGCGGGAGCGCAGGGACAUACUGGAGAACCAGUACACACUGGGAAACAGCCUGUGGUUCCCCAUCGGCGGCUUCAUGCAGCAGGGAUCAGAGAUAAUGCCCAGAGCCUUGUCCACCAGAUGUGUCAGCGGUGUGUGGUGGGCGUUCACGCUCAUCAUCAUCUCCUCCUACACGGCCAACUUGGCAGCCUUCCUGACCGUUCAGAGGAUGGAGGUUCCCAUCGAGUCUCCAGAUGAUUUGGCUGACCAGACCAACAUCGAGUACGGCACCAUUCAUGGAGGAAGCACCAUGACUUUCUUCAUGAACUCUCGGUACCAGACGUACCAGCGGAUGUGGAACUACAUGAACUCCAAACUGCCCAGCGUUUUUGUGAAAAGCACAGAGGAGGGCAUCGCCCGUGUUCUCAACUCCAAGUACGCCUUCCUGAUGGAGAGCACCAUGAACGAGUAUCACCGCGGCCUCAACUGCAACCUCACACAGAUAGGAGGACUGCUGGACACCAAGGGCUACGGCAUCGGCAUGCCGCUAGGAUCUCCAUUCAGAGAAGAGAUCACGCAGGCCAUCCUCCAGCUGCAUGAGAAUAACAGGCUGGAGAUUCUGAAGAGGGGGUGGUGGGACGGAGGCCAGUGUCCCAAAGAGGAGGACCACCGUGCCAAGGGUGAGCUGCCUUUCUUCUCUGCUGCCUCAUCCUCUCUAAUGUCCCCACUAAUGGCUUCCUCACUCUCUGCUAGACUGCAGCUAAUGGCUGAUGUCUGUCCUGAUGUCGCUGUAAAGGGACAGCAAACUAAACUAAACUGUUUGUCUCAGGUAGUGUGUAAGAGUUUGUGUUUAAAGUCCCAGCCCCAGUGUAAAAAGAGUUUAUCUCUUAAACGCGUCCGUUUGGCAAAAAUAGGAUACAAGUAUCUGCUCACAUAAAAGCUUUUACAUAAA